AUGUUAUUGAAGACUUUAUCCACUAUCACUGCCACCUCAUUCUUGGCCAGUCUGGUAAAAUCAGCCGACUUACCAGCCAUCGAAGUUGUCGGAAACAAAUUUUUCUACUCAAACAAUGGGUCUCAAUUCUACAUGAAGGGUAUUGCUUAUCAAGCUGAUACUGCUAAUGUGACCUCUGGUUCUACCAUCAAUGAUCCAUUGGCUGAUUACACCAGUUGUUCUAGAGAUAUUCCAUACCUACAACAACUUGAUACCAAUGUUAUUCGUGUUUACGCUGUAAACACUUCUUUGGAUCAUACCGAAUGUAUGAACGCUUUGAACGAUGCCGGUAUUUAUGUGAUUGCUGAUUUAUCCUCUCCUACUGAAUCCAUUAACAGAGACAGUCCAUCUUGGACUUUGGAUUUGUUAGACCGUUACACUUCCGUUGUUGAUUUAUUUUCUAACUACACUAACGUCUUAGGUUUCUUUGCUGGUAACGAAGUCACCAACAACUUCACUAACGCUGAUGCCUCUGCCUUCGUUAAGGCUGCCGUUAGAGACACUAAGAAAUAUAUUUCUGACCAAGGCUAUAGAGCCAUUCCAGUCGGUUAUUCCUCCAAUGAUGAUGCUGAUACUAGAGUUGCCAUUGCUGAUUACUUUGCCUGUGGUGAUGACGAUGUUAAGGCUGAUUUCUACGGUAUCAACAUGUACGAAUGGUGUGGUACUUCCACUUUCUCCAAAUCUGGUUACUCUGACAGAACUAAGGAAUUUGCUAAUUUGUCCAUCCCAAUCUUCUUCUCCGAGUAUGGUUGUAAUGAAGUUUCUCCAAGACAAUUUACCGAAGUUCAAGCUUUGUACGGUAGUGACAUGACUGAUGUCUGGUCUGGUGGUAUUGUUUACAUGUACUUUGAAGAAACUAACAAGUACGGUUUGGUCAGUAUUGAUGGUAACGAUGUUAAGACAUUGGACGAUUUCAACAACUACUCUAAGGAAAUUCACAGUAUCAGCCCAACUUCUGCUAACACCAAGUCUUACACUCCUUCUUCCACUGCUCUAUCCUGUCCAACUAGUCAAAAGUACUGGAAUGUUGCAACCUCCCUACCACCUACUCCAGACAAGAACAUUUGUUCUUGUAUGGCUGCUUCUGUCUCUUGUACUGUUUCUUCUGAUGUUGAUGAAGAUGAUUACCAAGAUUUGUUCAACUAUGUCUGUAGUAAGGUCUCUUGUGCUGGUAUUUCUAAGAAUGGUACCAGUGGUGAAUACGGUGCUUACUCUUUCUGUUCUUCCAAGGAACAAUUAGAUUUUGUUUUGAACUUUUACUACGAAGCUAACGGUGGUAGUAGCUCCGACUGUGACUUCAGUGGUUCUGCUACUUUACAAGAUGCUACUACCCAAGCUGGUUGUGCUACUGCUCUAUCUCAAAUCGGUAGUGUCGGUACUAACAUUGCUUCUGUCUCCGCUACUUUUGACAGCAGUGAAUCUUCUUCUUCAGGUAAGAAGACCUCUUCAGCUACUGGCAAGUCUUCCAGCGGUAAAUCCUCAGCUACCUCUGGUUCUUCAUCUUCUAGUGCUUCUUCUACCAGUGGUAGUAAGAAGUCUAAUGCUGGUUCCGUCAACGCUAAAUUGAACUUGGCUCAAGUUCUACUUUCUUCAGUUGUUACCAUUUCUUUAGCUGCUGGUUUAGGUUUCGCCCUAGCUUGA